AUGGCUUCACCAAUGCCCGCGCACUCCAGCGGCUGGAACAACACGCCUGCCGCCGCCGACGCUGACGACUAUGGCGUGCAGACCAGGUUCAUCAACUUGAAGGUGCACUACACGUUCGAUAAAGAGGCCAAGGUCAAUUGCCUGGCCAGAGGCUCCCAGCCCUUGCAAAUCCAGACGGUGCCCAUUGACGAGGCCAACUCCAUUGGCGUCGUCGACCUGAGGGCUUGCGUACAUGUGAUAGCCGAGUGCAGCCCGGAGCUGACCAACCACGAGUGCGACUACACCAUCUACGCAAUUGAUUAUUCCGAGCCCGAUCUCCCUCUGGUCGGCCAAGGCCUGCUGUCAUGGGUCUUCCAGUCGAUGCGGCCCGACUUUGGGAACCACCAGCCCAAGAUGGUGACGGGCCGUGUAACGAGAAAUGUCCUGGGUGUUUUUGGCGGUGGCAACAGAGAGACGCUCGAGGUCAAGUUAAAGCUAUCUGAGACAGCCAGAAUCCAGCGUUCCAUCACAUAUGCCUCUUCCGUGGAACAGCAGCCUACCAGGCCGAUGGAGCCAGUCUUGCCGCCCAGUGCUACCUCGGAGUGGAAUUCACUGGUUCAGUCCAAUCCCCAGAUGGCCCAACAGGCGAGCCAGAGCCAUGGUAGCCCUAUGCCAAUCACCCAUUCACCCAGCAUGGCUCCUGCUUUGCCUCAGGGACCUCCGCCACCGUUGGUGAGGCAGGGCUCCUUUGGGCCGAGCUACAGCCAAAAUCCGCCUACACAAGAGCUGCCGAGGUUGGCUCCGAUUCCUAUCGAACCUCAGUCUCAGUCCAUGUCUGGUAUCCCGGCACCUUCUUCACGACCAUCUAGUAGAGCGUCAAAUAGGCCGUCCCGGAGGAAGCCGCCCACGGGUAGGCCCCGAGGCAGACCACGAAAGAAGCCCGCUGAAGGCAACACAUCCGGUUACGAGGACGGAACUGAAGGAGAAGAAGCUGCACCCCCCAAGGAGGAUGAGCCUGUCAAGAAGAGAGCCAAGGUUACCAAGGUGGACAAGUCAGACGCGAACCCCUUUGCUGCUGAGCCCGAAUCCCUCAGAGUUGCGGCGAGCAAUUCCAGCUCCCUGCGGAACUUUCGGCCCAUUGCCAUCAACAGCGACAGUGUGACAGGUAGCCAUCUGCAGGAGGUCCCUCGAGCUCCCACACCCGUUCCUAACGGUCGUCUCAGGGCGGUACCAGGACGAGAGCCCAGCUCCCUCAAGCGACGUGAAUCCGCGCUGAGCCAGCCGCCCGUAUCAAGCUUUGCCACAAGCGAGGUCAGCCGGUUCGCAUCUCCCGGCAUAGACGACGACAGAUCGCCAGAAUCCAUGGCCCCAACGCCAAACUACCCCGAUGACAGCCCCGCUGAUAUCGGAUCCUCGCCACCAGUUCAGCAGGCGACGCCUUAUAUGCGGUCCAGCCCUCCACCUUCAAGCCCCGUGCUGCCCCCGAUGCCGACAAUGGCCCCUCGUGAGCACGAGCACAGCAUCCCGGGAAAUGAUAUGAGCGAGCUUUUCGGAGAGGGAGAUCCGUCUGUUUUGGAAGAGCUACCACCGCCACAGCGCACACACAGAGCUCCAAAGCAAAGCGUGCCGGUUCAGGUUUUUCAGCUCCAGGACGGCCCUAGCGGCCAGGAUCUGGUGCAUCUUCUCACAUACAACACUCCCUAUCCGACGUCGAAUACGCCUGCCCCUGCCGAGAGCUCCUUACCACCUCCACCAAAGGGGGGACCAAGCCGGCUACAGACGAAUGGCCAACCUUCAAAAAGGAAAAGGCCACAGCCGACAUCACCAAUGCUGGCGCCAACUCCACCACCUACAACGGAUGCCGUCGAAAGACCCAUGAGCCCAGCCCUCACCUCCACCCCCGCCCCAAUCCAGGCUCCAACCCCGAUCCCUCUUCCCGCACUUACUCAGGCGUCCAUGUUUGCGCCUAUUCCUGCGGCCACAUCCCCUGUCACCACCGCUGCUGAUGUCCCGGCCCUGCCUUCUGCACCUCCUAAUGAGCCAGUAUCCGCUGUUACGUCUACUCCCGAACUCUCACAAGCCGCCCCCGCGACGGACGACAUCUUCAACGACCCCAUAGUACAACUCGCCUCUACAUUUUCUUCAAAAGAAGUGGCUCCUCCAUUCAUCAGACCUCCAUCACGAUCUUCACAACCUCCUCAAUCAAGACCGCAAACCUCCAAGCCCAAGUAUCCCCGCCAACUAAGUAGAUCUCAGUCCGCAGGGCCGCUUAUACUACCAUCGAGCGAUCCCGUUGGCCCGUCAGCUUUGUCUCAAGCCUCUGCUGUCGUCUCGGACCGCCCAUCUUCUGUAGGAGGUGCUGACGUCCGUCGGCCAAAUUCCAUGGGGCAAUUGGCUUUACCGAUGCCUGAGCCUCUCACUGAAGCCACGACAGAGUCUCCAGCAGACCCUACCCCUUUGGCAAACCCAGCGGCUCCUGAGGAACCCUGUCCUCCAAGUGACUUCCUUCCCGCACCAUCUUCACCCCCUGCACAACGAUCAAAUAAGAAUAUCGUGAAAAAACAUGCCAUUAAGCAACGACUAGAGGAGGCCAUCAACAACGGAGAGAUGCCUCCAUUCUGCAGCAACUGCGGUGCCAUUGAGACGCCUACGUGGAGAAAGAUUUGGAUUCAGGAACGUGACGGCGUUCCGGAGCGUUGUGAGUAUUCUGAGAAGCCAGGGAAGAUCACCGCUGUUGAGGUUUUACGGCGCGAUGAAGAGGGCAAACCAACACUUCAUCGAGUCGUCAAAAAGAGUCUGGCCAUCACCGACGAGAGGAGUAAGUGGCAGGAGGCCCUGCUUUGCAACCCUUGUGGCAUCUGGCUUGCCAAGUGCAAAACCCACCGGCCUCCUGACAGGUGGGACAAGGAUGCCUCUCGACUAGGCCAGGAGAGACGGAAGAGAGGCACUGGCCGAAGCACUUCUCGGGCGAAGAAGAAUCGUCCAAAGGAUGAUGGCCCUCUCAACCUCACUUCGGAAGCGUAUCUCCCCACCGACGCGUUUGAGCCAGUAGCACCCUCGUCACCGAAGAUGAACGAAGUUGUUCCUUUGGACUCGAACUCAAUACUGAUGCCCGAGAGCACCGAAAGUCAGCAAACUGAAAAGUUUGCCGGGAAUGACGGGCUGGAUGUGGUGUCACAACCAGGAUCAACGCAUUCUCAGGGCAGUGGGACAGCUCAAAGCCCCAUUGAUAUUGACUUUAACGAAAUCGCUGGCAGCACGAGGAGACUGCUAUUCCCAUCUCCUAGGAAAGAGGGGAUGCCGAAAGUGCUUUGCGAUGUAGACGUUAAUAUCGUUCAAACUGCAGAGUGUCGACCGGGAGAACAUAUCAAAGGCGAUCAAGAAAAUGGUGUCGUGCCAGGAUCGCACGAUGGCAUUAGCAAAUUGGACGAUUUAGAUGCUCUAUUCAACAGUCCCCUUAAAACACGGCCAUCCACCCCGCCACCCGAUGCAGCGCCUACACUGACUGAGUCUUUCAAGACCCCUACACGACCUACCCCAAGUCAUAGACCCAUCACUAGAAGUGUCUCUCGGUCCUUGCGAUCGGCUAGGUCGAUACUAUCGCCGAACCAGCAUGCGCUCGAGCAGCAAACUCCUACUAAGACGCCGAGAUCUUUGCUGAGAAUUCCCAGUAGCAGCACUAGGAGACGCAGUCCGCGGGCCCAUCAGGGAAGUUUUGACAUCUUUGAUUCGCCUAUUAGUCGAAGCAUUGUGCAGCUGCUUUCGGAGGGCAAUGCCUUGGGAUCUGGGGAAAACGAGAUGGACCUCAGCAGCCUACCAGGGCUCGGGGGACACAAUGAGGAGCUGAUUGACUUUGGCAACCUCUUGAGCACGGAUGACAUGAUGCCCAGUUCAUCCCCUAAGAAUGGAUCUAUGGGACUGAGUUUCGAUUACGACGGCGCUGCUAAUAACAUUGCCGAUUGGAUGGACAGUGUCAUGAAGAAGCUUAAAUAA